AUGCGUUCGCUUCAGAGUGCUGCCCGCUCGGCCUCGCGCACUCUUCGCACCUCCCAAUGGCGACCUAGCGAACCCGCAUCACUGCUCGCCGGCGCCAGUCGGCCGUUAUCGGCGCAGUUCCGACUGCUGCACGCCGUGCCACCACGAAAGGGCCCGUCAGCUACUGCGAAGGACUCGUCCAACCCUGCUAUGUCGUUCCCUUGCCUCGAUGCCCAGGAGGCUAAAACAGCUAUGCUCAAUGCUCGAUCGCUCGAAUCCGGGCCUGAGCCCUCUUAUACUACCGGUCAGCAUGAACAAUUCCAUUGUGAUCAGCCGCUUCUUCUCGACUGGGGCGGCGUGCUGCCGGAAUUCGACAUUGCCUAUGAAACAUGGGGUCAGCUGAAUGCUGAUAAGAGCAACGCUAUCCUUCUCCACACUGGCUUGUCAGCCUCAAGCCAUGCUCAUAGCACUGCGUCCAACCCGAAGCCGGGUUGGUGGGAGAAGUUCAUUGGACCCGGCCUACCUCUGGAUACCAAUAAGUACUAUGUGAUCUGUACCAAUGUGUUGGGUGGUUGUUAUGGUAGCACAGGCCCUUCCUCGAAGGAUCCUUCAGAUGGCGAGCGAUACGCAACACGCUUCCCAAUCCUCACGCUGGACGACAUGGUACGAGCCCAGUUCCGUGUUCUCGACGGUCUAGGCAUCCAGAAGCUGGCUGCAUCCGUUGGAUCCAGCAUGGGAGGAAUGCAAAGUUUGGCAGCUGGUGUGCUGUUCCCCGAGCGUGUCGGCAAGAUCGUCAGUAUCAGUGGCUGUGCUCGCAGUCACCCGUACAGCAUUGCCAUGCGACACACACAGCGACAGGUGUUGAUGAUGGACCCAAACUGGGCCCGUGGCUUCUACUAUGACGCUAUCCCUCCACACUCGGGUAUGAAGCUCGCGCGUGAGAUUGCCACUGUCACCUACCGCAGCGGCCCUGAGUGGGAACAGCGAUUCGGUCGUCGCCGUGCCGAUCCCAGCAAGCAGCCUGCGCUGUGCCCCGACUUCCUUAUUGAGACUUACCUCGACCAUGCUGGCGAGAAAUUCUGUCUCGAGUACGACCCUAAUAGUCUCCUGUAUGUGUCCAAGGCUAUGGACCUAUUCGACCUGGGCCAUACCCACCAAACGGAAACACGUCUUCGUCGCGCCGAGGCCGAGGCUCGUAUCGCUCAGGGUGAUAUGUCUUCGGGUACCACAGAUUCAUCCUGCAGCUUGACCUUGCCUGAUCAGCCAUACGAGGAACAGCCCCAGGCUACUGCCUCCGUGCCACCCGCCGACCAGUCCGUCUCCUCCCAGAAAACCGAAGAACCCCCAGCAGACCUGAUUGCCGGCCUUUCGCCAUUGAAAAAUCACCCGGUUCUUGUUAUGGGUGUUGCCAGUGAUAUCUUGUUCCCGGCAUGGCAACAGCGUGAGAUCGCCGAAACCCUCCGGGCCGGCGGCAACAAGAACGUUGAGCACAUCGAGCUUGGUGAGGAUCUCUCCCUGUUCGGUCACGAUACCUUCUUGCUUGAUCUGAAGAACAUCGGUGGUGCUCUGGGACGGUUCCUGAAGUAA